AUGUUGGAUAGGCAUACUCUCGCGCAUUUGGGCGAUUCUCCGCGAAUCCGAGGAAUGAUACCGCAUGACAGAGCUGCUCUUUCAGCUUUGGCAGACCUUGCCCAUAGGGAAUACCAAGCUGGCAACUACGAACUAGCAGAGCAUCACUGCAUGCAGGUGUGGCACCAAGAUCCAGAGAAUACGUCUACGCUCCUUCUUUUGAGUUCAAUACAUUUCCAGUGUCGUCGUAUGGACAAGUCUGCAUACUUCAGCCAACUCGCCAUCAAGCAAAACCCAUUGAUGGCAGAAGCCUAUUCCAAUUUGGGCAAUGUUUUUAAGGAGCGAGGUCAGCUGAAGGAAGCUAUUGACAACUAUCGUCACGCAUUAAACAUCAAGCCUGAUUUCAUUGAUGGCUACAUCAAUUUGGCUGCGGCUCUGGUGGCUUUCGGCGAUACGGAGUCAGCUGUUAGUGCAUACGCAACGGCUUUGCAGUACAAUCCGGAUUUGUACUGCGUACGGAGCGACCUAGGAAAUCUUCUCAAGGCUCUUGGUCGGCUAGAUGAGGCUAAAGUAAGAUUUAUGAACUGGGUUUGCGCAGCGCCCUUCGCGCUUGACUGGACACCCUUUGCGGCACUUGUGCCAUCGCGCAUAACCGGUCCAGUCAAGUCAUGCUAUCUGAAGGCCAUCGAAACUUGUCCAACGUUUGCGGUUGCCUGGAGCAACUUGGGUUGCGUUUUUAACGCCCAAAACGAGAUCUGGCUUGCUAUUCACCACUUUGAAAAGGCAGUAACGCUAGAUCCAACAUUCCUUGAUGCGUAUAUCAAUCUGGGGAACGUUCUUAAGGAAGCAAGAAUUUUUGAUCGUGCAGUAGCGGCCUAUCUCAGAGCUCUUACUUUAGCUCCCAAUCAUGCCGUAGUUCACGGAAAUCUUGCUUGUGUCUACUACGAGCAGAAUCUGAUUGAUCUGGCCAUAGAUACAUACAGGCGAGCGAUUGAUCUUCAGCCCAAUUUUCCUGAUGCUUACUGCAACCUGGCGAACGCUUUGAAAGAGAAGGGCAAAGUCUCGGAGGCAGAAGAGUACUACAACACUGCACUUAGUCUGUACCCUUCACAUGCUGAUUCGCUUAACAACCUGGCUAACAUAAAGCGAGAACAAGGUCGCUCCGAGGAGGCAAUUCGACUCUAUCUAAGGGCCCUAGAAGUCUAUCCGGAUUUUGCCGUAGCACACUCCAAUUUGGCUAGCAUGUUACAACUGCAGGGUAAGUUGCAGGAGGCCCUUCGUCACUACCGUGAAGCGAUCAGGAUCUCGCCAACGUUCGCAGAUGCCUACUCGAAUAUGGGUAACACUUUGAAGGAGUUGCAAGAUGUUAGUGGUGCUAUGCAAUGUUAUCAGCGGGCCAUCCAGAUAAAUCCGGCGUUCGCUGAUGCUCACUCGAACCUAGCUAGUAUCAUGAAAGACGGUGGAAAUUUGGCGGAGGCUAUUAACUCUUACAAGACGGCCUUGAAGUUGAAACCGAACUUCCCGGAUGCGUUUUGCAACUUGGCACAUUGUAUGCAGAUCGUUUGUGAUUGGAGUGACUACAAGGAGCGGAUGAAGAAACUGGUGAGCAUUGUCCACGAGCAGUUGGAAUCCAACCGUUUGCCUUCUGUGCAUCCUCAUCACUCCAUGCUCUACCCGCUUAGCCAUGCGCAGAGGAGGCGGGUUGCGAGCAAGCAUGCAGCCCUGUGUCUAGAAAAGGUGGCCAUUUUACAUCACCCACCGUUUCGCUUCAUGAAACGUCAACCUAAUCAACGUCUACGUAUUGGGUAUGUCAGCUCUGAUUUCUGCAAUCAUCCGACGAGCCACCUAAUGCAGAGUGUACCUGGCCUUCACGAUCGUUCAAGAUUUGAAGUAUUCUGUUAUUCUCUCUCUCCCGAUGAUGGCACAACUUUCAGGGCUAAGGUAAAUCGUGAAGCUGAGCACUUUGUUGACCUGAGCACUAUUGCGUGCCACGGAAAGGCUGCGGAUCGAAUUGCAAGUGACGGAAUCCACAUUCUUCUCAACAUGAAUGGCUACACUAAAGGUGCCAGAAAUGAGAUCUUUGCCCUUAAACCUGCUCCAGUGCAAGCUAUGUGGUUGGGCUAUCCGGGCACUAGUGGAUCGUCCUUCAUGGACUUCAUAAUAACAGACGGUGUCACCUCGCCAUUCCAUUUGGCAGAUCAAUAUUCAGAGAAGCUGGCUUACAUGCCCAAGACCUUCUUCAUUGGUGAUCAUGCGCAGAUGUUCCCGCACAUGCGAAAUCGCAUAAUCAUUGAGAGCGCGGAGGAAGUGGCAGGCGGUCUUCGAACAACCGACAGCUCAAUGGUUGCCUGUGGGACUGAUAUUAAGCCUCUCUUCUCUGUGGGUACACUACGGGAGAUGAUAUACGGCGGUCGAAUUACCGAGCAAUGUGGUUCUACUAUUAAAGAGGUCCCCUAUUACAUUAAAGUUCACAUUCUCACCGUCCCGUCACUGCAACCCGUUAGAGAAAUGAUAAGGGUUAAUGCGGCAUCGUGCACGCUGAACAAUGUAGUUUUACAAAACGGUUUUACAACGCAGCAAACACAGUCUCGAGCGUCAGCAGGUGAAGAGAUUCCAGGAAACAUUAUCAUCACAUCGCGCCAACACUAUGGGUUGCCGGAGGACGCGAUCGUAUUUUGCAACUUCAAUCAACUCUACAAGAUCGACCCGUCAACAAUGAAAAUGUGGGUGGAGAUUUUGAAAUUAGUCCCCAACUCAGUCCUCUGGCUUCUACGCUUUCCUGCCGCUGGUGAAGCAAAUGUCAUAACGGCUGCUGCUGAUUUUGGCCUCCAAAAUCCACACCGUCGUAUCAUUUUCAGCAAUGUUGCUCCAAAGGAAGAACACGUGCGUCGUGGACAAGUUGCUGAUAUCUGUCUUGAUACGCCACUUUGUAAUGGUCACACAACUGGAAUGGACGUGCUUUGGGCUGGGUGUCCAGUGGUGACUCUUCCGCUUGAAUCCCUAGCAAGUCGGGUGGCUGCUAGUCAGCUCUACUGCCUCGGCUGUCCGGAACUUGUUGCCAAGUCGCCGGAGGACUACGUACGGAUUGCCUCUAAAUUGGGAAACAAUCGCGAAUACUUGCAUGCCAUCAGAGCUAAGGUAUGGAAAUUGAGGGAAACAUCACCCUUAUUCAACUGCCGACGGUAUACAGCCGAUUUGGAGCUCCUUUACGAGCGUAUGUAUCAACAAUACGAAUCCGGUCAACCCGAACCUGUGUUGGACACCAUGUCGGUGAUUGUCUCCGUCGGUUGCUCUGGCUGGGUAGUGUUUGAGUUCUUUUCGCUGACCACCAAUUCCACUGCCCUCCGUUGCAUCGAGUCCACUGCAUCAAGCCAAGCUGGUGAUCUGGGUGCGUUCAAGACAGUCGAGACUAGAGUCGGUCUCACAAAAAAAAAGAACCAACACCCAGUAGAACUUAUCACACCCAAUUUCAGCGGCAGUCUGUCAACUGAGACUUGUCAAUCGCUUGCUGCUCGUCAGGAGGUUGGAGUAGAGGGCGACAUGACUUUCAUGAAUUGGCAAAUACAACGACUGUGGGAGCAAUUGCGUCAAUCAGCGUCUCGAUGA